AUGGGGUUUCAAUAUGCAUUUGGAGUUUGUCAUACGAAUCUUAAAAUAGUAGGAUUAUGGCCCGGUUCUAUAAAUUCAAAAUUCAACGGUAUUAUUCCAGUGUUACUUUUAACAAUAACGAUUUUUAUAAUGAUAACUUUUGUAACUAUGGCCCAAACUACAAAAUUACUUAUGAUUUGGGGUGACUUGGGCUUAAUGAUAAAUAAUCUUUCAACGGCAAAUUUACCAAUUACUGUAGUAAUAAUUAAAACGAUUCUGUUUUACAAUUACAAAAGAGAAUUAGGAAUGUUAUUGUCAUCCGUCAUCAAUGAUUGGAAUGCUGACAAGACGAAAGGAGAAGUCAUAAAUAUGGUUAGAAACGCUAAAACUACCCGUAAAUUAUCAUUUAUUUGUUUGUUUCUUGGAAUGGGUUCGGUCAAUGGUCAGUUAGCAGUACGAAUAAGUCAAGAGCUAGAUAUACUGCCUGGACAGAUAAAUAAACGAGAACCAAUGCUCAUUUCAUAUUUUCCCUAUGACUAUAAGCCAAGCCCGAUUUAUGAAAUCACUUGGCUAUUUCAAUACUUAGGAGCAAUUUUAGCAACGCUUAUAUAUUCAGGCAUUUAUUGCUUCUUCGUUGGUCUUGUCUUGCAUCUUCGAGGACAACUGGCGAAUCUUAGAUUUCGUUUGGAAACCCUAGACAUUGACGGGAAUAAAGCAAAUCAUAGAAAGAUUACGAAAAAGAUAGGAUUUAUUGUGGAGAGACACAACAUUCUUAACAGAUUCGCAAAGGAGAUCGAAAAUGUUUUUAAUGGCAUCUUUUUGGUCGAAAUCAUUUCUUGUACCGUACUUAUUUGUUUGCAGCUGUUUCUUUUAGUUACGUUGAUUUCUGAUGAUAACAAGGACAUCAAUGUACCAAUUUUACAAAUUGUCUUUACGGUAACGUACGUAAUGCAUGUCGGAACUCACGUAUUAAUAUCAUGUUACGUCGCUGAUAAACUACAGGAUGAGAGUUCGGCAAUUAGCCAAUCUGCAUACAAUAUUCAAUGGUAUAAUAUGGCAUCCCAGAAUUCCAAACUUUUGUUAAUGAUAAUGCAAAGGUCAGAGAAGCCACUGAAGUUGACAGCUGGAAAGUUUUGUUCGUUUUCUUUACUACUUUUCAUACAAAUUCUAAAAACUUCAGGGGGAUAUUUAUCAAUGUUACUAGCUGUGAAAGAAAAAAUAUAA